AAGUAUCUCUGCGAGUUUCAUCAGAAAUUAGCUUCAAAGAUCAUAAUUUAAAGUGAAAUUUUAGCACUUACAUUCGGGCGGGAAUCCGUUUUGAUAGCAGCAUCGAUGGCUGAUGUGGAGAUAUGUGUGGACAACCUGGAGUCGUGUUUAGCUGCGGCUGAAGGAGGCUGCUCCAGAAUAGAGUUGUGUUCUUCUUUGGCGGAGGGAGGACUAACUCCAACUCCUGCCUUCCUCGUCGCUGCUAAGAAACUUAUCUCCGUUCCCAUUUUUUGCAUGGUGCGUUGUCGCGGCGGUGACAUGGUCUAUAGCGACACCGAGGCUGAGCUGUUACUACACGAGGCUGAAGAUCUCGUUAGGGCGGGGGCUGAUGGUCUGGUAUUUGGUGCCCUACGGAGUGACGGGUCUCUGGACGAGGACCUGUGUCGGCGAAUGAAAGCGGUGGCCGGCGCUCUCCCGUGUACGUUUCACAGGGCAUUUGAUCUGCUAAGCGAUCCCGUGCAGCAGCUGGAGAAGAUCAUAGCUCUCGGCUACAGCAGGGUUCUUACGAGCGGCUGUGAGUCAACAGCCUUGCGCGGUGCUGCAACCAUCAAGGCACUCGUCCAGGCAGCGGACGGCAGAAUAGGUAUCAUGGCUGGAGCUGGCAUCAAGUCUACUAACGUAGCAGAGAUCGUAGCCUCCACCGGCGUGCAGUCGGUUCACGCGUCAGCCCGCGUUUGCAGGCGCAGUUCAACCUCCGUGACGGUCAACAUGGGGUCGACCGACGAUACCACGCGAUGGGUGUGCGACGCAACUGAAGUGAAGAAAAUCGUUUCUAUAAUGAAUAAUAUUCAAUAAAUUAUACUUUAAAUCGAAAAUGACAAUCAUACUCAAAUGAAAGACCCAUAUGCUCAUAAAUGACACUCAUGCAUAAAAUUAAUGCCCCUUAAUGCUCAAAAAUCCCACUUCUGAAGUUAUCGAAUAAUUAUGGAACUAAUUAUGGAAAACUACUGUUGUGGACUAUUGAGCUGUAGUAUUCUAAUCCAGCAUUUUUCAUAUUAUGAUGCAGUCGCAGUAAUCUAUCGAAUCAUGUCGACGUGGAAAGUUGAAACUUUAUAAAUUCCUCAGUUGUAUGAACUUGUAAUUUUUAUUUUCCUGUAUAAUUGCCAUUGGGAAUUUAAAGGUAAGAAAACGUGUUGCUCGUAGAGAAACGUACAAUAUUGUUUAUUGUUCGUCAGUAGAGCCUGUGUGGUAUCAAUACAGAUGUCGUUAUCA